GAAUUCUUAACUGCUUCUCUCUCUUUCUCUCUCUCUCUUGCUCUCCCUCUCACUCUCAUUCUUUCUCUCUCUCUUCCCCAUCCCUAAACCAAGUACAGGGAUAGUUGUUUCAUUGUUAGUGACUUAAAAUGAUGCUUUUGAACAAGAAGAUGCUGGGUGCUUUCGGUGACUAGUACCAUACCCACUCUUCUUUUAAAUCCCUGAGCUAUUCUUUACCAGUACAUUCUUUUAUUCCCAUUGGCACUAAAGCUGCAUGUUACUUGGGUGGGAAGAAUAAUUGCUUUCUUUUCUAGGUCCUUAAACCCUUUGCUAAUGUUACUGUCUGGAGAGUUCCCAAAGCCAGGGUUCUAGGAGAGUUUGGCCCGUCUGAAGAGCUGACCCAUGAAAUAAUGGAGUAGCGCAAGAGGGGUGGGGAGCAGGGCCUUCUAUCAAUAGAAAACCUCCCCUCUCUGCACACAUGGCCAGUUAAUUGGCCAUUCUGGGAAAGUAUGGAUGGGGAGGGGGGUGCUUCUGAGAAUCUCCGGUGACAGUUAAGUGGCCUUUUGUCUGCCCUCUGUGGAACAACUCUCUGUCUCUGUCUUUCCUGCGGAUUUUCUGUUCGAUUCAUCAUUUGCCAUUCAGGCAGAACCUUUGCUUUGUCCUUCCAAUAUGAUUGCCUUGUGUGCCGGCCUCUGCUUUAUUCCUUCGACUCCCAGACCAUAAAGGGGAUCGUGUGGAGCUUCGGCAGGACUGAGAAACAGACUCUACCAUAUGUGGAGAACUGUAAUAAUGACUGCAGUGGAUCUCACGUUCAGCACAAAAAGCUCUACUUGUCCUAGCAGAAUGGUGACUACCUGAAGAUAGAGACGAGGGACCUUGACUGAAUUUCUUCUCACGCAGUGUAUAUAGUUCCUUUGCUCCCCUCUCCAUUCUCUUCUCUUUCCCUCUCCCCGUUGCAACCAGAGUCCGGAUCCAAAACACGGCUGCGACUAAGAGUUAAUGCCCUCGAAAUAAUUCAUCACCUUGCGCAGGCUUCGCCAGGCCACUUCACAGGGGCUGUCUCAUCUAAUAUUCCCCAAAGCCCCGUGAGGAGGUGCUGUGCUCUUCUGAGGCCUGGGAUUAGGUGCUGGCAUUAGGUGCUGUGGCAUUAGGUGCUGUGCUCUUCUGAGGCCUGGGCCAUGCCUGGGUGUGAAGAAAGUCCCUGAAGCUUCCUGGAGGAAGAAGCAUGCUGGGUGUCCCCAGAGGAGGGACUGGCAGGCAGAUACUCCUGGUCUUCAGCAUUAUGCUGGCAGCAGCUUGGGGCCAAAUGAAUUUCACAGGAGACCAGGUUCUUCGAGUUCUGGCCAAAGAUGAGGAGCAGCUCUCACUCCUCAGGGAUCUGGAGGGCCUGAAGCCCCAGAAGGUGGACUUCUGGCGUGGCCCAGCCAGACCUAGCCUCCCCGUGGAUAUGAGAAUUCCUUUCUCUGAACUGAACGACAUCAAAGCUUAUCUGGAGUCUCAUGGCCUUGCUUACAGCGUCAUGAUAAAGGACAUCCAGGUGCUGCUGAACGAGGAGAGAGAAGCCAUGGCGAGAUCGCGCCGGCUGGAGCGCAGCACCAGUAGCUUCAGCUACUCCUCUUAUCACACGCUGGAGGAGAUCUAUAGCUGGAUCGAUAACUUUGUAGCCGAGAAUUCAAAUAUCGUCUCCAAAAUUCACAUUGGCAACAGUUUUGAAAAUCGGUCCAUUCUUGUUCUGAAGUUCAGCACUGGAGGUUCCCGGCGCCCUGCCAUCUGGAUUGACACUGGGAUUCACUCCAGGGAGUGGAUCACCCAUGCCACUGGCAUCUGGACUGCCAAGAAGAUUGUCAUUGAAUUUGGCAAAAAUGGCCUCCUGACAAACAUACUGAAAGCCAUGGACAUCUUCAUAGAGCUUGUCACCAACCCUGAUGGGUUUGCUUUUACUCACAGCAUGAACCGCUUGUGGCGGAAGAACAAGUCCAGCAGACCUGGCAUCUUCUGCAUUGGCGUGGAUCUCAACAGGAACUGGAAGUCAGGCUUUGGAGGAAAUGGUUCUAACAGCAACCCCUGCUCAGAGACUUAUCAUGGGCCCUCACCACAGUCAGAGCCAGAGGUGGCCGCCAUUGUGAACUUUAUCACAAAACAUGGGAACUUCAAAGUUCUGAUCUCCAUCCACAGUUACUCUCAGAUGCUCAUGUACCCUUAUGGCCACUCUAUGGAGUCUGUUUCAAAUGAGAAGGAGCUGCACAGUCUUGCACAGGAUGCAGUGAAGGCCCUGUACCAGGUGCACGGGAUCCAGUACAUUUUUGGCAGCAUCAGCGCCACCCUCUAUGUGGCCAGUGGGAUCACUGUGGACUGGGCCUACGACAAUGGCAUUAAGUAUGCCUUCAGUUUCGAGCUCCGGGACACAGGGCGCUAUGGUUUUCUGCUGCCAGCCACACAGAUCGUCCCCACAGCCCAGGAGACGUGGAUGGCAAUACUGACCAUCAUGAAGCAUGCCCUGCAUCACCCCUACUAGCAGCACUACUGGAGCCAGAGCAGGUGGGGUUCGCCCUCCUCCCCAAGGCCUGGGACUCCUGAAACCCAAGUUAUAUAUAUCCCCUCCCUGCACCCUCUCCCAGAUCCCUAGGAAAUAAAUGCAAGUUUAAACAGGC